AUGGCAGCGGCGUCCAGCAUUCAUAGAGAACGCUGGAGCUUCCAGCGUAAUGAGCAUUGGUUUGAGGACACUUUGCCACAUCUAGGGGAGCAACACUUCCGACAAGCCUUCCGCGUGUCGCCGACGACGUUCCGAUACCUGGUAGAGUCAUGGAGGCCUUCGCUGGAGCGCCAAACGACAAACAUGAGAGAAGCCAUCUCCGUGGAGAAGAGGGUGGCCGUGGGGAUGUACCGCCUGUGCUCCGGUGCCGAAGACAGGAAGACAGGACCGCUGCGGACGCUGCGGACAGGACCGCUGCGGAGAAGUGCCGAAGACAGGGCCACUGCGGACCUGUUCGGCAUUGGAAGAUCCACCGUUAAUACUGUUCUCAAAGAAUUUUGUAAGACAGUGAUAGAUCGGCUCGAAGACGAAUGGGUGCGGAUGGUGGGACCAAGGCAGUUGGAAAAGCACAUCAGGAAGUGUUUUUCCGUGAAUGGUUUCCCGCAGGCUGUGGGUGCCCUCGACGGCUGUCAUUUCGCCGUAUCCCCGCCAAAGGAGCACGCAGCUGACUACUAUAACUACAAAGGAUGGUAG